AUGUAUCGCUUCGACCAGAACGAAGCAGACAUGUAUAACUUCGCACGCGGUGGCCGCCGGCCGAUCGUCCAACGAUUCGACGAAUACUACCGAUGCUACCCCAUGGUCAUGGCACCUGGUCCCGAGCGACCCGAUCUCAACUAUGGUUCCAAGAUCUUCCUGCCGCCCUCCGCCCUCGACAAGGUCUCGAAGCUCCACGUGCAAUGGCCGUUGCUCAUGGAAAUUAUAAAUGGCGAGAAGGGAAAGCACUCACACGCCGGUGUGUUGGAGUUCGUCGCGGAGGAGGGCAGAGCAUACCUUCCCCACUGGAUGAUGCAAACCCUCUCGCUGGACGUCGGCGACAUGAUCCAGAUCAAGACGACUUCCCUUGAGCUCGCCAAGCUAGUCAAGCUGCAGCCCCAAUCGACCAACUUCCUCGAUAUCAGCGAUCCCAAGGCCGUGCUGGAGAAGGCAUUUAGGAACUUCGCCGCACUCACCAAGGGUGACGUCUUCAACUUCGAGUACAAUGACGAGAUCUAUCACGUAGCGGUUCUCGAGGUCAAGCCGGAGACGGACAAGAUGGGAGUGUGCCUGAUCGAGACCGACGUCGAGGUCGACUUUGCGCCACCAGUCGGCUACGUCGAGCCAGAGAGGCAACAGAAAGGCAGCGGAACCAGCACACCCAGAAGCGGCCGUGGUGGCCUCCCGGCCGGCGGCUUGCUCCACAGCCAAGGGUCCAUGGCCCAGUCCAUCAACUACGGCGCCAUCGCCCCCGGCGCGGCGACGACCAACUCCAAAUUCUACGGCGAGGGCCAAAAGCUCAGCAAGAAGGGCAGCAAGGCAUCGACGCCCAAGCCUGCGACUCCUGUGGCGGGCGCCUCUGCUAACCCGCCCGCUCUGCCCAUCCCGCGCCGGAACAACAACGGCCCCAUGCCUCUCCGCCUUCCGCCCAAUAAGCUCUUCUUCGGCUACGAGAUCAAGCCGGUCAAGACCGAUGACGACAAGAAGCGCGAGCUGGAGGAGCAGAAGCGUCCGCACUUCGCGGGCCAGGGCCAGACACUUCGAGCCAAGCGCAAGGGCGAGGCCGAGGAGAAGGAGAAGGCUCCUGAGAAGAAGGGCCCUGCGGAGGGACGGAGAGUGGAUAGCCGUGGCCCUAAGCCUCGCGGCAUCGAGUGA